AAUGUUAUCAUUCGAUUACCUUUUGAAGCCAUUCGAUUAGUUUGACUAGUUGGUCAUGAACAGCAUUAAAGAUUUGAACAUUUCAGAGGAUAAAGUUAGGCUUGUUUCAUAUUUUGUAAAAAUUUGUAUUCAUUACUAGUUGUUUUGUAUUCCCAUAGCAAUUAUAUUUGGUAAUAUCAAAUCACCAAGAAUAAGGCUUAUAUAUAAUAUUUUUUGGGGAGUUUUCUUCACAUUAUUUCUUGGGAGAGAGUGGUUUGUGUAUAUAAAUAUUACAACCAUCUUGGUGUACUUUAUAUCAACAAUACCAACUAAGAAUGUUGUUAUACCGAUAUCAAUAACUGCUUUUGUAGCUCUAUCAUAUGUCCAUCUCUUUCGACAAUGGGUAAUAUAAAAGUAAAUAUUAUUAGUUUGAUUACUUGUCCUGGAAGAUUGAUUUCUCUGUAAUACAGAUGACAGUAACCUGCAGAUUAAUUUACUAUGCAGUUGAUUUAUAAUAUGGAAAAGCUUAUGACACUGGUUUUUGGACAUAUUACUCUUACGUAUUUUCAUUUUUUAGUAUAAUGAUUGGACCUGUACCAUAUCAUAAUUAUUUAAAUCUGCUUAAUAAAAAAGAAGAAUAUUCUAAUAUCAAAUUUAAUUAAUAUAAAUCAGUUAUUACUAACUUAGUAAAAGCAUUAUUAUUUUGCGCUGGGGAAAUCUGGAUUAGACCAUACGUUGAUUAUGAUUGGUAUGAUUCACCAUAAUGGAAUGAGUUGAAUCUUAUUGAGAAGAAUCUUUUAUAAGCUAUUAUUGGUUUAGUUGCUAGGAUGAGAUAUUUUGCAGGAUUCAAAUUUACUUAAGCUGCUAUGGAUGCUACUGGAAUUACUUAUAAUGAAGAUUCAUGUAAUAAAUAUAUAAAUAAUAAUUAGAGUAAUUUGAUAAAUUUAUAACUUGUGAUUAUUCUUAUGAAAAAGAUGUGAGUGCAAUUCAUAAAACAACAAAGUGGAAUACAACUGUAUAAAUAUGGCUUAAAUAUUGUUUUUUUGAUAAAUUAUCAAUUAUUUUCGAUGUUUCAACAGCCUAUUAUAUGACUUAUGGGAUAAGUGCAUUAUGGCAUGGUUUUUAUCUAGGAUAUUAUCAAACCUUUUUUUGGUGGGCUUUAAUUAAUCAAAAUUGUAAGUAUGUUUACAGAAGUAGAGAUAAAUUUUAAUGGUAUUUAAUUAUCCUAAAUAUCUAAAUAGGAUUCCAGCACCACUUAGAAGUAUUAUUGCCUUUACAUAUUGUACAUUUACUAUGAAUCAGAUUGCUAUGACGAUGGGUUUAUUAGAUUGGGAUAAAGGAAUGCGAUUUAAUAAUAGUAUGUAUUGGUCUGGACCUAUUGCAAUCCUAAUUGUAUUCUUCUUCUUCUUCCUUACCCAAUAUGGAUAAAAAAGAAGGAAAUGAU